CUUCACACAAAGGUCAAACCAUGACUUCUGCAGACAUUAUCAAAGCUACAAAAAAUAUCACUAAGGCAUCAAGUUGCAGAGAUGACACCAAAAUGAUAAUGCAGCCAUAUGCAAACUGGGAGGAGUACUUGACACCAGGUCCAAUUUCCAUUGCCAUCUUGGGAGAACUAGUCUUCAUUUCAUCCAAGGUGGACUUCUCCAUCAAUAAAAAUCCACCAAAAGAUGGAUUCAAAUUCAUCAAGUACCCAGAAUCUUUCAGAGCUUGUCUUAUGCAAAUUUGCAAUUCUGGAUGGCGUGCUUUCAAUGAGGCCCAUAAGAACAUGGAUCAGAUUCGCCUCCACACUGGCAACAUUCCUGAAUACAUAAAAAUGUGUGUGAAAAUUCUUCUUCAAGAUAAAGAUGAACUUGUCCAAAGCUUUCUCCCUUCUCAACUCCAAAACAUUGACAGUAUAGCCACUGACUGUUUGGAACUGGCAGCAUCAACUGAGAGGAAGUUCAUGGAAGUCAUUGAGCUGAUCCAGGAGGUUCUGGAGGCUUGCCUAAAUGCCAAACAAAGCUACACACAGGAGCUCAAGGAAGUCAAGCAAAAGCUGGAAGCAGCAAAACUUAAGAAGGAGAUAUUAAAGGAAAUAAAUGAACAGGCUGAAAAAUCUGUAAAUCAAUUUAGUAGUCAACUUAAAGAGGCCCAGACUAUGUUUAAGCAGUCAAUGGACUCUUUACCAAAUGGAUGGGAAAUGAUUGGAAUGGAUUUUGUUGAGGGUAUGACAGGCUCAGUGAAUUCCCUUUUGUCUGGAAUAACCUCUAUUUGCACAGGGGCAUUUAUUACAGAUUUUUUAAAAACAGAAUCAAAUACAAGCGUCAGUGGGGAAGGCAUGAACCAGAAGCAAAGUGCAAAAUCUGACCCAGUAGCCCUAAAUGACAUAUUCUCCAGUUCAAGUCACAUUUUAAUGUUGAGUCAAGCUUUUAACCAGGUCAUUGCUAAUGAUAAAAUCAGCUUGACAGAGAUAAGAGAUGAGAGCAGUGGAACCAUAAAAUCAGAUUUCCAGAAACAUAACUUUGAGGCAAUUAAAGAAUACAUCAGCAAGAGGGCAGAGUGUGAACCAAAACAAGAAGUCCUCUCAAUCUGUGAAAAUGGCAUUUUGAUUUGCAAUGAUUUGGCCAAGUAUGCAGAGAAGGGGGAAUUUGACCAAGAGAAGAACAACAAGCUGGUUUCUGACAUGCGCAGUCUAAUUAAAUUGGCACAAAUAUUUGAUUCAAAGAGUAAGGCUGUAACCAGAACUCCAGCAUUCGCUGCAAAACCUCCCCAACUUCUUCAAAUACAGUCUAGCAGCUCAAAGAAAACUGCUAGCCAGACAGCUACAGAAAAUGCUCGUUUCAAAAUAGAACAGAGUCGGGCUCAACUGGAACAUGUGAGAGCAACUUAUGAUAAGUAUGUGGAUGAAAUGAAGAAAAAGAAGGAGGAGCUAAAUAAGGUCCUUCAAGACAUGAGAAAAUGCGAAGUUCAAAAGAUUGAUUUUGACACCACAAUCAUGUUUUUGGUCAAGGGUCUUGAUGCCAUGGGACGAGUGAAAGAACAGUGGGAGAAAUUGGUGCGUUUCUUCCAAAUGGUAUCAAAUAUCAUCAAGACGUGUUUGAGCACCUCCCUAAAUGAUUUCACCAAGACUGUUAAUGCAGCAUCCAAACUCAAAUAUUCACCAAUAAUGUUUAUCAAAGACAUGAUCUACACUCAAGCUUUCUAUUGCUCCAACAUUUCCAGUUUGGUGAACAUGAUUGCAGGCACCUACACUGAGGUGUCCAAAAAUAUCUUAUGGAUAGAAUAAGUAGUCUUGGAAAGCUUAUGGCCUUGGACCCCAACAACCCAGAUUUCAAUGUUCAGCGCCAGCAACUGCAAAACUCCUGUGAGGAGGCUCAAGAAGGCAUACUAAUACUCAUCGAGAAAAACAAACUUAACUUUGAAAGCCAAACUCAUGCAAGGCUGGCAAAAAUUGAAGGGGAACUGAAGGCAGUCAUGCCACCACCAUCUUUAGAGGAAACAGAAAAGCUCCAGGAGAUUGUCAAAGCUGGAUUUAAAGAAAAACAGCAGGAUCUUGAGGACCAGUUUGAUUAAAUCUUCAUAGAAACAUCCAUCAUGGCUUUUCUUUAUAUAACAAUAAUGAGCUUUUUAUUAAUAUGCUUUUUUUUUGCUACAUAUUCCUAAGAUUUACCAAUUUUAAAGCUUUUUUUCCAAAUAAAUUAAUAUAGAGUAUUGAUGCUUUAUAAUCAGGUUUUACUGUUCUCAAAUGCUUAGAAAGCACAGUAAACAGCUAAUUUGAGUGAAUGAUACUUGUGGGUUUCAGGUGGUUUGAAAUAAAAUUCUAUAAAUGUUCAUGUUCACUUUUUAAUGAACUGUCCUUUUUUGAUUUUAAUGCUAACAAAUAUGU